AUGAAGUUAUGGAAGUGUGCCGCCCUCGCCUUGAUGCUCUGUGGUGCAGCACUGUCCCUCUUCCUCAUUAGAAACAUGGUUCCUGCAAGGGCUCAACAGCUUCACUCUUGGGCUUCAUCCUCAACGCAGCCAUUGCCAUCACCCUCAACCUCAAGUUCCUCUUUGAUGGACAGGCACCACCGCAGGGCCAGAGCAGCAGAGGGAAUGAACUCUCUCCUUUCCGAACUCUCACACGUGUUCCAGAGCUUCACAGAGGGAGAGCUGAAGCAAAUCAUUGGGACUUUUGUGGACAAGAAGGUUAGAAGAGACAGUCUGCAAGUCAGCCAGAGCAAGAGGACUAAGCGGGCCAGAAAAGGACUAAAACCUUGUUCGCUGAGGUACAAGGAAGUUACAGUAAGUGAGCUGGGCCUUGGCUUCGAGAGCGAUGAGGUUCUGCAGUUCCAGUACUGCAGUGGGAAGUGCACUGAACACAGACGCAAUUAUGACAUAACUUUGGAGAAUAUGAAAAAAAAGGGCAUCAUCGAGAGAGAAAAGAGAAGCAAAGCCCGACACAAACCCUGCUGUCGUCCAAUCACUUAUGAAGACAUAUCUUUCCUAUCAGUCCUGGGCAACAGCAGCUCAUAUCAUACCAUUCACAAAGUGUUAGCCCAGAAGUGUGGUUGUGUAUAA